AUGGGCAGCAUCAGUCCAUCCGAAUCGAGACAUGGCGGUCUUCGAGUCCUGAUCUCGGGUGCUGGUAUUGGCGGUUUGGCUACGGCCAUCGCAUUGCGGCAGCAAGGACAUAACGUCCAGUUGUUUGAGAGAUCUCGCUUUGCAAACGAGAUCGGUGCAGCCAUUCACCUGUCGCCAAACACCACUGCCUGCUUACUGCGACUUGGGAUCGAUGCGUCCAAGUUUGGGGCCGUGGAAACGGAACAAGUGCGCACAUUCUCACCGACUGGGGAGCCCCUGCACAUCAUCGACGUCCGGAAGCACGCUGGGCUUUGGCGCCAUGUAGUCGAUGUCGAUCCCAUCAAUGCCACUGUGACCCUCGAAAAUGGCGAUGUCGUGGAGGGCGAUGUACUGUUGGCUGCAGACGGCGUCCACUCAAUUGCGAGGGCAAAAAUCCCCGGCGCCAACAAGAUCGUCCCUUUCAGUUCUGGCCGCAAUGCCUUCCGCUUUUUGAUGUCCCGCCAACAGGCCUUGGACGACCCUGAGACGCAGGAGCUCGCUCAGGAUCGCGGUGCCGUUGACAUGUAUGACACGCCGGAUCGUCGAAUUUGCAUCUACCCCUGCAUGAAUAACGAGGCCCUGAACUUUGUGUGCAUCCAUCCCGAUAGCAUGUCUGCUAUUGACAAGUACGCGGACUGGAACCAGGAAAUCAGCAAGGAGUCGUUGCUUGCGGUAUACAAGGACUAUAGUCCGAAUAUUCUCAAGCUUCUGGACAAGGCGGAUCCCCAAACACUAAAAGUCUGGCCUUUGCUGGAUAUGGACACGUUGCCCACCUGGGUCGAGGGUCGAAUGGCUCUCCUGGGUGACGCUGCCCACCCGUUUCUCCCGUAUCGCGGCUCGGGAGGCGGAAUGGCUAUCGAGGACGCCCUGUCACUGGGUGUGAUGCUCUCCAAGGCGCGUCCGGAGGAUGUUCCUGAGCGGUUGAAGCUGUAUGAGAAGGCUCGUCACACCCGAGCCACGAUCGUUCAGCAGAUGACUCGCGAUUCGGCUCACGGCCCCCUUCCGCCUGAUCAGGCCCAAGCGAUGACGGUCUAUAUCUUCGGCCACGACGAGUUCGACUAUUCCACCCAGAUUCUACGAAAGCAUCUGUGGAGUCAGGGGCCCCCCAAGUACUGGCGCCAGCCUAUUGCUUUUGGACCCAUGCCUGGUCCGCGGCAGGAUUACGAAGGCCAUGAUCGCGCGCAAAAAUCACUCAAGGCCACUUUCCAGACGGCCUCGAUCCGUUUCAAAACCAGCCGAACGCUCCUACAAAACCUGUUCCCCAGCGAUUCCUACAGCUUCAUCAGCCCCAGCACCGUCGCCUAUGCAACGUUCUCACAAACGAGACUGCACAACAUGGACUGGCUCGGCGGUGGAGGCUAUCGCCAUCUGGGGUUGUAUAUCGAGGGAGUGCAGUGCAAGAAAAGCAACGGCGAGGUGGUCAAGGGCACUUACAUGCCGAUUCUGUUUGAGAGUCUCGCCGACCCAAUCGUUUCGGGUAGAGAGGAGCUCGGAAUGCCCAAGUUGUACAGUGCCAUCCAUGGGCAUGAAAGGUCCCAGUCCUACCAUCUGGAGACGAGCUGGGAAGGGGCUGUAUGGGGACGCUUCCAUUGGGAGGAUCUAGCAGACGUUGACGUGGAGAGUGAGCAAGGCAGUAUUACCGGAGAACCCAGUGACGGCGUCCUCGUCCACAGAUACAUGCCCCAGGUCGGACGGGACUACAAGGGUCAGCCGGAGGCCGAGUACCCGGUCAUCGUACCAUUUGCGGAGGAGUCGAAGGUCGUGCCGUCGAAAGUCACUCGAGUGCGCAAGGCUACCAAAGCCAGCUUUCACAUCGAGGAACUGAACUGGCAAUUACUCCCAACGCUUCAUCAUGUCAUUUCACGGCUCGCGGAGAUCCCGGUGGAUGAGAUCGUAUCGGCGAAGGUGGUUGAUGGGGAGGGGGUACAGGACGUGUCGACGGCUCGACGCCUCGUGUAG